ACUCUCCAAUCACCACUCUGAUCCUUCAAAAUUAGCGAGCUCCUGUUUCCAUCAACAAUGGCGUCCCGGUUACAGAUUCAGGGCGAUGAUUCCGUAUUGCUACGCAUCACUCACUCCAAUCUCAAAACCUUCUCCGCCGAUGUUCGUUUUUCACUUCAGAUGAGUGUGGAAGCCGUGAAAGAGAAGCUAUGGAAAAAAUGUGGGACUUCGGUUAAUUCCAUGUCCCUGGAGCUGUAUGAUGAAACUGGCACUAAAGUUUCUGUCUUGAAUGAUGACUCGAGGCCUCUUGGUUUCUACUCUCCGCAUGAUGGGUUUCGAUUACAUAUCAUUGAUCUAGACCCUUCAUCAGUAACAUCAGGAGGAUGGCUUGAAGACACUUCACUGGUUGAGAAAUACAAGAUUUCUGAUGAAGAAUACAAUAAACGCAGCGGCACUUUUAGAAAAUUCAAGGAAAAAUUAGCAUCUCAAAAUCCAUCAGCUUUUGGGAGCAAAACAUCAGAUGACAAUAUGCAAGACCUUUGCAGAAACAUCAAGGUUGGAGACAGAUGUGAAGUAGAGCCAGGUGCAAAGAGAGGGGUUGUCAAAUAUGUGGGUCAAGCAGAAGCUCUAGGAGCAGGUUUCUGGAUUGGAGUUCAGUAUGAUGAACCUUUAGGCAAACAUGAUGGCAUGGUGAAGGGAACCCGUUAUUUUGAGUGCCCUCCACUUCAUGGUGCCAUGGUUAGGCCAGACAAAGUAAAGGUUGGUGACUACCCUGAAAGAGAUCCCUUUGAGGAGGAUGAAAUAUGAUUGUUAUGAAUGGGACUGUUGCUGCAUUUUAUGUUGAAAUGUUGAUAAACCAAAUGGAGCUAGAAGAUUUUUCCCCUGUUUAGGUGGGAUAUUAUUAUUUCAUCUUAAAGAACAAGAAUGAUGUGUGCAAACUGCAAAGCUGAAGGGAAGCAAAGAAAAUUUGAGCCUGUAUUGUGCAGAGACUGGUUGUAUCUAAUUUGUUUUUGCUUGUACCUUAUGUUGCAGUGAAACAUGAAAAUUAGGUGAAGGGAAAAUCGUAUGAUAUUUGAACUGAACAAUUCUACCAGUGAGAUAUGCUUGUAAUCCUAAACCUAGGCAUAGGCAAUAUGCUGGAUUCAGAAAUUUGUAUCGAGCAGGGAUAAAAUAGAUAGAAAUUGGGUAUUGGGUCUGAACGGAACAGGAACGUCUGCCCCAAGAUUUUCCAGGGCACAGUAUUGGCCUAAUUAAGCAAGGUUUCAAAC